AUGAACACGUCUCCCGAUGGUCUCAAGGUGAACCAGACCUUGGGUGCGAGCCGAGACAAAGCCCACAACCCAAUGUCGAGGUCACGCCUACUAUUUCAGCCCCCAGAUACGGCGCCUGCUACUCCUCUCCAGCUGGCGAAUAGCGAUGGAUUAUUGUCUUCACUUAAGAGGAAAUUAAGCGAUUGUACCGUCGAUUAUCCUCGGCGCAGAGCAACUAUUGCUUGUGAAGUCUGCCGGUCUAGAAAGUCUCGCUGCGACGGCAGUAAACCAAAAUGCAAACUAUGCGCCGAAUUGGGCGCCGAGUGCGUUUAUCGCGAGCCUGGUGUCAAGUUGGACGCUGGUGACAAGUUGAUUCUCGAACAACUCAAUCGUAUUGAAAAUUUACUGCAAAUCAACCUGGCCGCGAACCAGGGCAGCGGCCUCCAUAUGUCACAAAGCUCACCAUCAAUCAGUAAUGGGACUGCCAGUGGCGGCGACCAAGCCCUUCUAUCAAACUCUUCAAAUACGGCCUCUACCAUUCCAAAUGGCGGUCUGGGCACAUGGGUCAGUGUCCCUACUGGAACAAACAUCUCAACAAUGCCAAGAUGCCAUACAAAUGCAACCAUGCACCUGCUUCAAUGGCCUCUCAUCCGUGACCUCGUCUCUACUCCGUACGACCCUCAAAUCCUGUUGCAACUCGAGAUGGAUCGAGAACCUCUACACACGCUAACAAAAACACCAUGUGUCGACCUUUCAAACACGCAAGCAUACAUUCAAGCAUAUUUUGAUAGAGUCAAUAUAUGGUAUGCUUGUGUCAAUCCUUAUACAUGGCGAAGUCAAUACAGAACGGCUUUGUCGAAUGGCUUUCGGGAAGGCCCCGAGAGUUGUAUCGUGUUACUGGUGCUAGCACUUGGCGAUGCAAGCCUCCGAGGCAGUAUAUCCCGUAUUGUGCCGCACCAAGAGCCGCCGGGGUUGCAAUACUUCACUGCUGCCUGGUCGCUGCUUCCUGGUAUGAUAACGACGAACAAUGUCCUCGCGGCACAAUGCCAUUUGCUUGCUGCGGCGUAUCUAUUUUACCUGGUUCGGCCCCUUGAGGCUUGGAACUUGCUUUGCACGGCGAGCACCAAGCUGCAACUUCUCCUAAUGGCCCCAAACAGAAUUCCACAGAAGCAGCGAGAACUGGUGGAAAGAAUAUACUGGAAUACGCUUUUGUUUGAGAGCGAUUUACUUGCAGAACUGGAUUUACCGCACUCUGGAGUUGUGCAGUUCGAGGAGAACGUUGGACUGCCAGGCGGUUUCGAGGGCGAGGAGCAGGGACAGGCACGGAUUGGCCACGAUGAUCUAUGGUACUUCCUCGCCGAGAUUGCUUUGCGAAGACUCCUUAACCGAGCGAGCCAGCUCAUAUAUUCCAAAGAUUCUGUGUCAUCGACAACUAGUCUGGAACCCGUUGUGGCAGAGCUGGACUACCAAUUAACUCAGUGGUAUGAAGGUCUGCCGCCUCCCUUGCAGUUUCCUUUCUCUCGCACAAUGCUACAUGACCCGAUCCAAGCGGUCCUGCGUUUACGCUUCUAUGCUUGUAAAACUAUUAUCUAUCGUCCCUAUAUUUUGGCCGUACUGGAAAACGAGCAAGCGGUCUUGGACCCGGCGGUUCGCGAAUGUUGCCACAAGUGCCUGGAAGCAUCAGUGCGGCAGUUGGAACACGUUACGGAGCAUCACGCUGGGCAUAUGCCCUAUAUAUGGCAAGGGACUUUGUCUAUGAUGGCCCAGACGCUUCUAUUAAUGGGCUCAUCCAUGUCGCCGUCAUUGAUGGGCAUACUUCUCACGAUUGUGCCUCAUCAGAAAGCAUUGGACGACCUUAUCAAUGAAGUUAUCAUGGAGGUGCAGAAUUAUGCACCCCUGGCACCAAGUUUGCGGCUGGCGGUCGAAAUUAUCAAAGAAGCCGAGGUACGACGGAAAUUAUUCUGCACUGGCUGA